AUGCAGUUAGAUGGAAAAGGUCAAACUACAUUCAGUGAUUCAGGCGUCACUCAAAUGUCACCAGUUUUAGCUUUAGGACCAGGUUUGGAUCGUCCUGUCAUGAUUCAGUUUAACGAUCUGAAGUUAUUUGCUAGUGGUUCAUUCGGUAUCGUGUAUAGUGGAAAAUUAAAAGAGACAGGUGAACAUAUUGCUAUUAAGAGUGUGCACCAAAAUAGACGAUUCAAAAAUCGUGAAUUGAAAAUUAUGAAGAAAUUGAGUCACAAAAAUGUGGUAAAACUCAAGUACUACUUCUAUACGGCAGUGGGUCAGAAAGAUGAAAUCUUUCUUAAUUUGGUUCUCGAAUUUAUGCCAGCGACACUUUAUUGUGUUGGAAAACAUUUUUCGAAGUUGCAGCAGGCAAUUCCCAUUAUUUUUGUUAAGUUGUAUAUGUUCCAACUAUUUUGGGCCCUAGCUUACAUCCAUCGAAUUGGCAUUUGUCACCGAGAUAUCAAACCACAAAAUUUAUUGGUAAAUGCUGAAACAGGAGUGUUGAAACUGUGUGAUUUUGGUUCAGCAAAACAACUAAUUCGAGGUAAACCAAAUAUUUCUUACAUUUGUUCUCGUUAUUAUCGUGCUCCAGAACUUAUUUUCGGAUCUAUCAAUUAUACAUUCAGCAUUGAUAUUUGGUCAGCAGGAACAGUUUUGGCAGAACUUUUACUGGGUCGACCAAUAUUUCUAGGUAAUUCUAGUGUUGAUCAGUUGGUGGAAAUUGCAAAGAUUCUUGGUACUCCAUCGAAAAAAGACAUUCAUGAGAUGAACCCAGAAUAUAAGGAAUAUAAUUUUCAAACAAUAAAAACUAAUUCAUUGACGAGAACUUUUCCUACGGGGACAGAUGAAAAAGCAAUUAAUCUCCUGUCUUUAUUGCUUGUUUAUUCGCCCGAAAGGCGUCUUAGUGCUUUAGACACUUGUGCACACUUAUUUUUUGAUGACUUACGCUGUCCAGAUACAAAAUUACCUAAUGGACGAGCUAUCCCAUCUUGUAUAGAUUUCAUUCGUCGAAAAUUAUAUUGUGAUACAGAUAUUGCAGCAGUAGUUACUGCUGCGGCAAUAGAUUAUAGCAUAGAGGUUUGUUUUCCUAAUAAGAAGAUUUUAGAGGAAGCAUUAUGCUAUGUUUUAAUCUCUUUUUAUUUUAUUACUUGUAAGAAACUAAUGAAUCCAUCUAAUAUUCCAUAA